GGGUUUCUAUACUCUUAUGUUUUCCACAAGUGAUUGGGUUUGAUUUUUUUUUUCCAGUCGGAAACACAUCCCGAUCCAUUUCAACUUCCCGCUCCUCUUCUCCACCGUUCGACUGUGAAACCCUAGCUCUCUCUCAUUCCACCAUGAUUUGUUCAAUUUCUGGCGAGGUGCCGGAAGAACCUGUUGUUUCUAAGUCAUCCGGACUGCUUUUCGAGAAGCGGUUGAUCGAACGGCACAUACUGGACUAUGGAAAAUGUCCAGUAAGUGGGGAAACUUUAGCGGUGGAUGAUCUUGUUCCAAUAAAAACUGGAAAGGUAGUGAAACCUAGACCGGUGCAGGCUGCAAGUAUUCCCGGGAUGCUUGGAAUGUUCCAGAAUGAAUGGGAUGCUUUGGUGUUAUCUGCUUUUGCAUCAGAGCAACAACUACAUACGACCAGGCAAGAGCUUAGUCACUGUUUAUAUCAGCAUGAUUCAGCAUGCCGUGUAAUCGCAAGAUUAAAGAAAGAACUUGAUGAAGCCAAGACAAUGCUUGCUAAUUUAGAACGGCAAGCACCAAUGGCAGCAUCAACAGCAGUGGCAGCAAGUGCUUCUGCUUUGAGCAACGGGAAAAGAGCUGCUGAGGAUGAUGCGUUGGGUCCCGAUGGUAAGAAGAUCCGGCCCGGAAUAUCAGCCAGUAUAAUUACCGAGUUGACCGAUUGCAAUGCUGCACUUUCACAGCUAAGAAAGAAACGACAGAUUCCUCCGACACUAGCUUCCGUGGAUGCUGUUGAGAGGUAUACACAGCUUAACAGUUAUCCUCUUCACAAAACAAACAAAGCUGGAAUUUUAUCUAUUGAUAUCCAUCAAUCCAAGGAUCUUAUUGCUACUGGUGGAGUUGAUACGAAUGCUGUAGUCUUCAACCGGUCUUCAGGGGAGAUUCUAUCUACACUCAGUGGCCACUCUAAAAAGGUGUCCAGCGUCAAAUUUGUGGCGGAUGGAGAGCUGGUUGUUACUGGAUCGGCUGAUAAAACAGUGCGCGUGUGGCAAGGAUCUGAAAAUGGAAAUUAUGAUUGUAAGCAUGUCUUAAGAGAUCACACAGCUGAGGUGCAAGCUGUGACUGUUCAUGCUACAAAUAACUACUUUGUUACAGCUUCUCUUGACAAUUCAUGGUGCUUUUACGAUUUAUCAUCCAGCUUAUGCCUCGCACAGGUUGAAGACUCAUCUGCAUCUGACGGUUAUACAUCUGCAGCAUUUCAUCCUGACGGUCUCAUUCUCGGAACCGGCACUGCUGGGGCUGUUGUUAAAAUAUGGGACGUCAAGAGUCAGGCAAAUGUUGCAAGAUUUGACGGGCACGUUGGGGCAGUAACUGCAAUAUCUUUUUCAGAGAAUGGUUACUUUCUUGCUACUGCUGCUCAAGACGGUGUUAAGCUGUGGGAUCUUCGCAAAUUAAGAAACUUCCGGACUCUUUCCCUAUAUGACGAGAACACUCCUACUCAGUCUGUGGAAUUUGAUCAUAGUGGAAGUUACCUAGCAAUCGGAGGUUCAGACAUAAGAGUUUAUCAAGUCGCAAGUGUGAAGUCUGAAUGGAACUGUAUUAAAACAUUCCCGGAUUUGUCUGGCACAGGUAAGAUUAACUCGGUAAGAUUUGGUCCCGAUGCAAAAUACAUAGCGGUUGGGUCAAUGGAUCGAAACCUUCGGUUGUUUGGUUUGCCUGGAGAGGAUGGUGCGAUGGAACCAGAGUCUUGAACACAUCCUAUUCUCAUGCUGUUUUGGCUUGUGGAUUAUUUUCUGAGUUAGAAUAACAUGUUUCAACAUCUUAUGUUCAUGAGAUAUUCCUAUUUUAAUUGUGCAAGAAUCGAGUUUAUAGAUAGGCCCAUUUCGGGUGUUUUUUUUUUUAAA